AUGAUUUUUGACUACACGGAGUUGCCAAGUUUACCUGAAAGUACUGAUGACAUUGACGAGCUUCCUUCUAUCAUGGAGGAGUACUUUUCUAUUCCGGUUCCAGAUGGGGAUUUAACAUGCGUUGCCACUCUCAAUAGUGACCAACAAAUUGCAUACGAUACAAUAAUGAAUGUUGUCAUUUCAAAGGGAAGAACAUCACAUUCGACUUUUCAGCUUCCACUUAAUCCGGAUAGCUCAUCAACUUGCUCAUUCACCAAACGUUCCAAAACUGUAAUUCUCCUAAAAAAUUCUUCCAUUAUCGUAUGGGAUGAGGACCCAAUGACACACAGAUAUCAAUUUAAAGUUGUUGAUCGGUCACUCAAGGAUUUAAUGGGAAACGACUUGCCGUUUGGGGGGAAAAUUAUUCUGUUCGGUGGUGAUUUCAGACAGGUUUUACCGGUGGUUCGAAAUGGAACUAGAGCUCAAAUGAUUGAAGCAUCUUUUGUCAGGUCCCCUAUGUGGAGACACAUUCGUAUUUUGCGUUUGAGAGAAAAUAUGAGAUUAAUAGAUGAUAAUGGCUUUGCUAAUUUCUUACUCUCCGUUGGGAAUGGUAAUGAACCUACUAUUUCAGAUCAGAUGAUAAGGUUACCAACUGGCAUGGUUAUACCAUCAAUGGCAGAUAGUUCGAUCGAGGCUUUGAUCGACCAGGUCUUUCCAAGUUUAAGUGAGCACGUUGGUGAUGGAAAUUUUAUAGUUGAAAGGGAAAUCAUCACACCCCUGAACGAAGAUGUUGAUAGGAUAAAUAAUAAGGUUGUGGAAAAGUUUCUCGGAGAAGGAAAAACGUAUUAUUCGUUUGAUUAUGUUCCUGAAGGUAAGAGAAAUUUGUAUCAACAAGAGUUUUUGAAUUCAAUUUCUACGUCGGGAUUGCCUCCUCAUGCUCUCACCCUGAAACCUGGGGACAAUUUCAUUGAUGCUGAGGUAUUAAUCGGACAUUCGAGGGGGAACAGAGUGUUUUUGCCAAGAAUUCCCUUGAAAACAACCGAAGAUAUAAAAUUGCCAUUCGAGAUGGUCAAAAAGAAAUUUCCUGUGAAGUUGAGUUUUGCCUUGACUAUCAACAAGUCUCUGAGACAAACUAUUCCACAUGUUUGCAUAUACCUCCCUGAUCAUGUAUUCAGCCACGGUCAUCUAUAUGUUGCAUUACCACGAGGAAUUUUAGAGAACACGACAAAGAUCGUGGUAGGAAAGGGAAAGGUACAAUACUGUCAAGUUGCUGCAUAUGCAUGUCGGGUUGAUCAUGUUGAUAAAGUCAUAUAUGAAGCAUGCAAUCCUGGCCUGAAAAAGGUUGUCAUUUUUCAAGGACUUCAAAAGUGUCAAUCUUGCAAUAUCACCAAUGCUGUUACUGCUCCGACUUACCAUAUUUGA